GGCUAGGUAGUGUCAGGGGUUAAGACCAGUGUUAGCAGGCUAGGUAGUAUCAGGUUGAGACCAGUGUUAGCAGGCUAGGUAGUGUCAGGUUGAGACCAGUGUUAGCAGGCUAGGUAGUGUCAGGUUGAGACCAGUGUUAGCAGGCUAGGUAGUGUCAGGUUGAGACCAGUGUUAGCAGGCUAGGUAGUGUCAGGUUGAGACCAGUGUUAGCAGGCUAGGUAGUCUCAGGGGUUAAGACCAGUGUUAGCAGGCUAGGUAGUCUCAGGGGUUGAGACCAGUGUUAGCAGGCUAGGUAGUCUCAGGGGUUGAGACCAGUGUUAGCAGGCUAGGUAGUGUCAGGUUGAGACCAGUGUUAGCAGGCUAGGUAGUGUCAGGUUGAGACCAGUGUUAGCAGGCUAGGUAGUGUCAGGUUGAGACCAGUGUUAGCAGGCUAGGUAGUGUCAGGUUGAGACCAGUGUUAGCAGGCUAGGUAGUGUCAGGUUGAGACCAGUGUUAGCAGGCUAGGUAGUGUCAGGUUGAGACCAGUGUUAGCAGGCUAGGUAGUGUCAGGUUGAGACCAGUGUUAGCAGGCUAGGUAGUGUCAGGUUGAGACCAGUGUUAGCAGGCUAGGUAGUGUCAGGUUGAGACCAGUGUUAGCAGGCUAGGUAGUCUCAGGGGUUAAGACCAGUGUUAGCAGGCUAGGUAGUUCCAUUGCUGUAGUGUCCUGGUCUCCGGAACUCGUCAUGUUUCUUCCAGCCAGGGAAAAUGGCAGUGGAGGAGGGAGCAGAGUUGCUAGGAGCAAUUGACAGUAAUGCCAGUUACUUGAGAGCAGCCCGGGCAGGGAACCUAGAGAAGGCUUUGGAUUACCUGAAGACUGGGGUCGAAAUCAACAUCUGUAACCAGAAUGGCCUCAACGCCCUCCAUCUGGCCUCUAAAGAGGGCCAUGCCGAGGUGGUCACACAACUCAUCAAGCUGGGAGCCAAUGUGGACGCUGCAACUAAGAAAGGGAACACAGCUCUCCACAUAGCGUCUCUGGCUGGUCAGGUGGAUGUAGUGAAGGAGCUGGUGACCAGCGGAGCUAACAUCAACGCACAAUCUCAGAAUGGCUUCACUCCUCUGUACAUGGCUGCUCAGGAGAAUCAUCAGAAGGUGGUCAGAUACCUGCUGGACCAUGGCUCCACACAGGGCAUCGCUACAGAGGAUGGCUUCACGCCCCUGGCGGUGGCAUUGCAGCAGGGACAUGAACAGGUGGUCUCUCUGCUCCUGGAGAAUGACACUAAAGGAAAGGUCCGGCUCCCGGCGCUCCACAUCGCCGCGCGGAAGGACGACACCAAGGCUGCUGCCCUGCUGCUCCAGAUCGACCACAACGCAGAUGUCGAGUCCAAGAUGAUGGUGAAUAGGACCACAGAGAGUGGCUUUACUCCGCUGCACAUUGCUGCUCACUAUGGCAACAUCAACGUGGCAACGCUCCUCCUCAACCGCGGCGCUGCCGUGGACUUCAAGGCCAGGAAUGACAUCACACCGCUGCAUGUGGCUUCUAAGAGAGGGAAUGGCAACAUGGUGAAAGUUCUGCUGGAGAGGGGAGGCACGAUAGACGCCAGGACUAAGGACGGUCUGACCCCUCUCCACUGUGGCGCCAGGAGCGGACAUGAACAGGUGCUGGAGAUGCUGCUCGACAGAGGAGCUCCCAUCCUGUCCAAAACUAAGAACGGUCUGUCUCCCCUCCACAUGGCCACCCAGGGGGACCAUCUGAACUGUGUUCAGCUCCUGCUACACCACGAGGUUCCUGUUGAUGAUGUCACCAACGACUAUCUGACGGCCCUGCAUGUCGCCGCCCACUGCGGACACUACAAGGUCGCCAAGGUCAUUGUGGACAAGAAGGCCAAUCCCAACGCUAAAGCACUGAGGGGAGAGACGGCGCUCCACAUGGCAGCGAGGGCCGGCCAGGCUGGCGUGGUCAAAUACCUGGUUCAGAGUGGAGCCAGAGUGGAGGUCAAGGCCAAGGACAACCAGACCCCGCUCCACAUCUCCAGUCGUCUGGGGAAGCCUGACAUCGUGCUGUAUCUGCUGCAGAAUGGGGCGUGUCCUGACGCCACUACCACCUCUGGCUACACCCCCCUACACCUGGCUGCCAAAGAGGGACACAGAGACGUCUCCUCAGUCCUCCUGACCAGGGGGGCUUCUCCAGACAUCACUACCAAGAAAGGCUUCACUCCCCUCCAUGUUGCAGCUAAGUAUGGGAAGAUGGAAGUGGCCAACCUUCUGCUGCAGAGACACACUGCGCCCGAUGCAGCUGGGAAGAGUGGUCUAACUCCCCUACAUGUAGCUGCUCACUAUGACAACCAGAAAGUGGCUCUGCUGCUGCUGGACCAGGGAGCUUCACCGCACGCUGCUGCCAAGAAUGGCUAUACUCCACUCCACAUCGCGGCUAAGAAGAACCAGAUGGAGAUUGCCACGACGCUGCUGGAGUACGGAGCCGACACCAACGCUAUGACACGUCAGGGCAUCACACCGCUGCACCUGGCCUCUCAGGAGGGCAACGUAGACAUCGUUACCCUGCUACUGGCCAGGGAAGCCACCAUCAGCUUGGGCAACAAGAGUGGUCUGACUCCUCUCCACCUGGCAGCUCAGGAUGACAAGGUCAACGUAGCUGAGGUGCUGGUUAACCAGGGGGCCACUGUUGACCCAGAGACUAAGAUGGGAUACACUCCGCUGCAUGUGGCGUGUCACUAUGGAAACGUGAAGAUGGUCAACUUCCUGCUAAAGAACCAGGCCAAGAUCAACGCCAAAACCAAGAACGGAUACACCCCCCUCCAUCAGGCGGCCCAGCAAGGCCACACCCACAUCAUCAACCUACUGCUGCAGCACGGAGCCUCUCCCAACCAAGUCACCUUGAAUGGUAACACAGCCCUGUCCAUAGCCAGGAGGCUGGGGUACAUCUCUGUAGUGGAUACUCUGAAGGUCGUCACUGAGGAAACACAGACCACUCUGACGGUGACCGAGAAACAUAAGAUGAACGUUCCAGAAACCAUGAAUGAGGUUCUGGACAUGUCAGAUGAUGAGGGUAAGAGAUGUAGGAAUAAUGUCUUAAUAACCUGAUCAUAUCCAGUGAGAGAUG